AAAAAAAAUUAAGGUUUAAGGUACCUAAUAAAAAUCUAUAAGAAAUUGAGGUUAGGUAUGAUCAUCGUUUUCCUUUAUCUUUUCUACUCUUCUUUUUGCUUGUUAUUGAUUAUACUUGGAUUGAUUAUGUCUUUUCUACUCUUCUUUCGUCUAUACAGCCUAAGUUGAUAAGUCUUGCAUUUGGCACACUAGCAAGGUAACCAUCCAAAUUUCUCCAUUUCCUAGCAAAUGCUCUUCUUUUUCUUAUGGUUUAGUUUUAUGACCUUCACCUGUUUGUCAAAAUGCCUGAAUAAGAUUGGGUUUUACCCCCUAUCAAUUUACGGUUCUAAUAUGAAUUGCUCUUAGGUGGCGUUUGGUUGCAAGUAAUGAAAUGGAAUGAAAUGGAAAGGAAAUAAUUUUCUCAUUGAUUCUUUUGUUUGGUUGUAUUUAAAACUAUUGGAAUACAAUUCCGAUAGAAUUGGUCUUUUCCAUCAUUUUGGUGGAAUGACUAUUCCAUUUUGAAAUGGAAAGAAAGAUCAUUCCAAUGCAAGAUUUGAAAAAAUUUAAUCAUUUUUUUAUCAAUUUUUUUUAUGCAUUUUAAAUUUUAUUCCAUUCCUAUUCACAUUCUUAUUCCUAUAUUUUCAUUCCUCCCAACCAAACGACCUCAUAAGUGUUAGAUUUAUCUAGUUAAAUAAUACUCUAUCUAGAAUAAAAUAAGUAAUGUCAAACAUAACAAAACAACAAAAAAACAAAAAUCAUAAAACAGAACAAAAACAUUUAUAAAACAACAUUUUAAAAUUAAAUAUCAUCUUCUCAAGAGCUUGAAUACCACAAGUUUUAGUAGCACCAGCAUCAACAAAAUCAUCAUCCUCCUUUGAAAUCAAAUCCUACUUCGAUAGACUAAAAAAGAAAGAAAUAAAAACAACCAACUAAUAAAAAUUCAAAGCAUGGCAAAAAUAAUACUAAAAUAAGAGUAAUUUGUGACAUAAAUACUUAAGUUUAACUCCUAUUUACAAAUAAAUAUCUAAGUUUUAGUUUUGGUAGUAACAAUACUUAAGUUAUAUUUUUGGAACUCUGUAGGUACCUAGUUGUUAAAUGUUAAGUAAAUUGUCAUGUGACAAUCCCUAAUUAGUCUAAGUUAUGAAUUUUUUAUUUUAAAAAAAUUAAUUUAAAUAUACUAAUAAGAAAAUAACACGUAGAUAUUGACUUGACAUUUAAUGUUUAGGUACCUAUAGUGUUCUAGAAAUAUAACUUAGGUACUAUUACCGCUAAAAAUUAAACUUAGUUAUUUAUUUGUAACUGGAAGUUAAACUUAGGUAUAUAUGCCGCAAAUUACUCGUAAAACAAUAAUAAAACAAUUCAAAACAAACAUUUUUCAUAUCAGCAAGAAUUUCUGAAACAACAAACAAUUUAUCAUCAAUUUUUGUCCACUCUUGAGCAGUAGAUGCAUCUUCUACACCUUCAUCAACCUUUGCACCAACAUCAACAACAACACACACCUCAUCAAUUUUAACAUUUUCAACAUUGAACACAACCUGUCCACGAUCAUCUCCGCCACCACCAUCCUCGUCAUUAUCUGGAUAACCGUCCCCACAAUUGUCAUCCCCAUCAUCAUCAUCAUCAUCAUCAACAUCAUCUUCUUCUUCACUGUCAUCAUCUUCGACCUGAUCAUCUUCCUUGGAAUCGGAUUCUUCAUCAUCCUUAUUAUCGACAUCACCAACAACAUCAUUGUCAUUUUCUGAUGAGCGAAGCACAUCAUCUAAUUGGCUCCCAUGAUGCCUAGAAGUAGCAUGUAAGGACUAAAAAAAAAGAAUGGAAAUUUGAAUAUAAACUUAAAUAAUAUUAAAAAAAAAACUAUACAAAAACUACAAAAUAACUACAUUAAAAAACCAAAAAAGAAUUAUCUCGAUAAGUAUAUCCAUUUUUUUGUUCAAAUCAGCAAAAGCAGACAUAAUAAUCCGCUGCUGGCUAAGAACAAGAGACACAUCUUUCUUCAAAUCCUCAUACUUAAUAUGAGUGACAUGCUCAUGCGCCUUAGAUGAGGAUGGACCAGCAUGAUCACUUUCUAGAGAAAACUUAGACACUGAUUUAGAAUCGCCAUCACGAUUGCCUUUACCUUUAACCUUAAUAGAGGAAGGAGUCGUGUUAGUGGAAAAAUAAUCAACUAAAUUCAAACUAGAUCUCUCAAUUGAAGUUGAAGAAAUACUUUCAAAUUCAAAUCCUUAUACUCAAUACGAGUGACAUGCUCAUGCAUCUUACAUGAGGAUGGACCAGCACGAUCACUUUCCAGAGAAGACUUGGACACUGAUUUAGAAUCGCUAUCACGAUUGCCUUUACCUUUAACCUUAAUAGAGAAAGGAGUUGUGUCACCGGAAAAAUAAUCAGCCAAAUUCAAACUAGAUCACUCAAUUGAAGUUGGAGAAAUAUUUUCAAGUUGUAACUGUAACAAAACAAACAAAAAAAAGGACUGAAAGUGAAUAAAUAUAUAAUUCAAACAAAAAAAUAAAACAACAAAAAAACAAAAGUAAAACAACACACAUAUAUCUCCUAUAAAGGCCAAUUGAAGAUGAUGUUGUUGACAUUGUCCAUUUUUAGUUGAGAUAUUUUAAGAUUUGGCAUUUUAGGCAGUUAAGAAGUCUUGAAUGCCAAUGUUUGAAUACAAAGAAAGUUUCCCAACAACGUAAGGACAACACUCAAAAAACUAAAUUUGCAAUGCAUACGGAAAACCUAACAACCUACAAAAACUACUAUCCUUUUCCUUCUUCUUAACCGUCCUAAUAUUAGCAUCGAUCUUGCCCUUAAAAGAUUCAAUAGUCAUCUCAAAGCACUCCUUCCCCACCCAUACUCGUUGUAACGACCAAUAUCCACAACGUUGAGUUCCUCAAUAUAAACAACAUUUACUAGGAGGACCCCCAACAAAUAAUAGUGAACAAAAUACAAUACAACCAACUUGACUGCUAGAUCAUCAUUAUUCCUAUAAUUGUUAGCAGUAAAGGCAACUUGGAUAACAUUCUUAAUAAUUUUUUAUUGCCCUUUAAAUAGUGUUCUACAAGCAUAUUCUUAUCCUGCUUGUAUUAAAAAAUAUCAGACUUGAUGUGACAAUCUAGACCAGUUACUAAUGCAAAUUACUCAACACUAAAUUUAAGAAACUUUCCAGCAACAGAAACCCAUAAUUCUAACUCAUUUGAUUGUUGAACUUUCCUCAAUAUCAGACCAUGUAAGAAGAGUUGGAAAUGAAUAAUGCACUCAUGAAUACAAAGGAAGCGACCAAAAACAGUUCAGAAAAAUAUUUUCAAUUGGAUUGGAGUGAGAAUAUUUUUAAUAUCUUUAAUAACUGAAUAAUACCCAGAGGUUAUUAAUUUAGAAUGAUAAUGCUGAGAACACCUAUAUUUACAAGACCAAUCUUGGGAAAAUCAACAUGCAAAAUGUUUUAAAAAUAACUCUAAAAUAACACAAAAAUAAACAAAAAACAAUAAAAGAAAUAAUUAAAAAAAUCACAUACCUCAACAACCAUUUCACAAGAAAUCUCCUCCAUACAGACUCAUUCAAUAACUGUAAUUUUUCUUUAGUUUUGUCAGUACAAACUCCGUUUUAAAUUUAUUAAAGGAACAUUUGUAAGUAACUAAUACUACAUGUUUCUGACGGAUGAAAUUAGAGAAAAAUUACAGUUUUACAAACAUUGAGUACUUAUGCCGAAAAUUUAUUUCAAACCCAUAAUAAAUGUAUAUAAAUUUGUAAAUUUUCAAAAAAAAAAAAAUUGGUGAUCGUGGUGAGGCACAACAAGAGUAGUAGACUUGGUAGCCAAUGCCAUAUCCGAAUCUUCACCUUGAAAACUCCGCCGAUGGUUGAAAACAACCAAGAUAGGAACACCUGGACGCGAUUGCUGUGAAGAAUUGAAAUAUGUUGUUAGCUAUGGAGUUUAGAAAUGAGAUGAGGAGAUCAUGCAGUGAUAGCUAUAUUGUUCAAAGAAGAAUGUCUCGGUGUUUUCCCUUUCAUCCACCUACAUAUGCGAACAAAGGAGAGGCCUUGGACGAGUUGAUUAAGAUUGGAAAAAUGGGGAUUCGACUUGUUUGGCAUAUUCUACAUUUACUUGUCAGUAUGUUCUAUGUAGCUCUGGGAAUGACACAUGUUGCAGAAAGCUAUCUUAUCUCUAGUGGGUUAUGGAAGAAAUACAGAGCCUUCAAUAAAGGCAAAGUUCGGUACCUGGCCAUUGUGGUAGAAAGUGAAGAAGCUUACCAAACUUCAAAUAUUAUCAAGCUUUUGUUGUGGCUGGAAAGUAUUGGUGUGAAACAUAUCUGUCUUUAUGAUGCAGAAGGAAUAAUGAAGAAAUCAAAGGAGGCCAUCUUGGAGAAAUUGGACAAUGCAACAUUGUUUGAGAAAGCUAGUGAACAUGACAAGUUACUUAGCGAGAAUUGUAUGACUCUGGAAUUUGCUUCAUUUUCUGAUGGGAAGGAAGCUGUGGCUAAGGCAGCCAACUUUCUUCUUAGAAAGUAUAUGACAUCCACUGCUUUGAAUGGAAACCAGGAAGAGAAUACGUUCACAGAAGCUCAAAUGGCAGAUGCACUUAAAGCUAUCGGGUGCAAUGGACCAGAACCGGACCUCCUAUUAGUCUAUGGACCUGCAAGAUGCCACUUAGGCUUCCCUGCUUGGAGAAUUCGUUACACUGAGAUCGUACAUAUGGGACCUCUGAAGCUCAUGAGAUAUGGCUCCCUAAUCAAAACUAUUUACAAGUUCACCAUGGUGCGCCAAAACUUUGGUAAAUAAUUCUUUUUCUUGACAUUUAUAUACCAAUGAGGAUGGAGAAUGUGAGUUUAAGAAGGGUAAAUUUAAAUGGUCAAGUGUGUAAUUUGCUUUGGCAAAUUAAAGUAAGUUCUAGAUUAAGUUCCUAUAAAUUAAUAAUCUCAAUUAAUUUGAGUGAAAUAGUAUAAAAUUAACAUUUAGUUGAUUAAUAAUAUCGAAAAAAUUGUAUGUUUUACAAACAAACUACUAAUUGUAACUUACCACAUAUUAAUAAUCUCGCUUUGGUUAAGCUUGCUUUGACCAAAAGUAGUAGUUCGGUACGUUGGCUCGUGAAUCUAAUUUGUAUUCAGAAUCUAUUAAUAGCGGAUGAUAUUUUUAAAUAAAUUCUGGCUUCCACUUUUUUUUA